AAACAAAAUGUACCCUUCAGCCAAUGGAAAACAUAUAAUAAGAAAAUCCUGGAGAAACAUUCAUGAGAAUCAGUCAUGUUGUUUUGGUUGACAACUGUUUGUUUCUGCAGACUGAGGCUCAGCCCAGUCAUUUCUGUUUGUUACAGAAAUCUGUGUAUGCUGUAUGAAUGCUCAGAGGCCUGAGGCGAAGGUGGAGAGAGAUGUGUAGAGGGUCGUCCCUGCCGCUGCUCCCUGGGCUGUAACAGUUCACCCAGGGUCAUGUGAUGUGGCUUGGCUUCUGUGAAAAUCCAGGUUGAGCUGAGAAGGAGCAGACCACAGAGUCAAUGAAACCUCGUGACCUCUGACAGAGAGACUGCUGCAUAUGGUUGAAACACACACACACACACCACACAGGUGCAGACACAUUCACCCGACGCACACACGCACACACACACUAACCAUGAUAGGCAAAAUAUGACAUUCAGUUAACCCACAGAGUCAAUGUAGCUGAAAAACCUGUUGUGUACAUGUCCAUAAAGACUGUCAAUGUCAUUUCUCUCAGUCUGAUCUGAGUAUGUUUGACUGGACUGUGAAUUUAAAUAAGAACGGCUGCUGCUUACAGUGAAGAAAAUGACUGGUCCUAAGAUGAGUGUAAUGUAGUCAUAUCACUCUGAAGUUACCUUAUCAUCAAAGCAACUGAGCGAAAGAGAGAGAGACAGACGGACAUAAAGAGAGUCUUAAAGAUUGUUUUGGAACCUAAUAUCACCGUUUCUGAUGAAAAAAGAGAGACAGACAAACAGCAGUGGAAUAAAAGGGGGAGGAAGAGGGGCAAGUUUAGGGUUUUAAGCGGCACAGUGGUUCAGAGUGAACUAGGGGGGUCGUCAUAGAGAGAGAGAUAGGAUUCUUGAAAUGGCAGUUUACCUUAUGACUCAUCUUUUGAAUAAUACUCUGACACACUGUGAUCCCCAGUUCAGUCACACAGUCAGAGGGUCCAGAGUCACAUCUAUCUCAUUCUCUCAUCCUCUCUGAGACACGAUGCAUAUCUUCUGGUGGAUCACCCACAUCUUUCUAUCCCUCCCUUCUCUCCUCUCUCUAGUCCAAUCCCUCACGUGCGACAAUGAGACACAGUAUGCUUGGCCACUGCAUGUAAGCCAAUGGUGCUGCGACAAGUGUCCACCAGGUCAGCAUCUGGUGGGACGCUGCACUGGUCAGAACAGCCCUACCCAGUGUACUGACUGCGAUAGCGGCUACUACUCAGACAGCUACAACUUCAACAUAGGUUGCAAAUCCUGCGAUGGCUGCAGCAUGAGUGAGCUGCAGUAUGUAUCUCGCUGUUCCACCAAGCAGAAUGAUGUGUGCAGCUGUAAACCAGGCUACCGCUGCAGAGGCAGUGGCACCUGUCUGGACUGUGAGGAGAUCCCCAGCCCGAACACACCCAAACUCAUACCGACACCUCCCAUCAUGCCAGCUACAGUGUCAAACCACUCGGUGCCUGGUAUCCCUAAUCAUAGACCUAAACCUGUCACCAAACCUGGUCCUGGGCCCAUCACAAAUCCAAACCAAGAUGAUAGCAAGUGGCUCCCGGUGUGUGUGUCUGCAGUGUGUGUGUGUCUACUGCUCACCUGCCUUGUUGCCAUAUCAAAGCUCAAACCUGUUCUGCGAUGGAUUGGUUCACCAAACAGCUUCUGGUCUCCCAAAAAGACUACUCCAGCGGAAGAGGAAGUGCCCAUGCCGGUCCAGGAAGUGUGUGGAAAGCCAGAGCUGCUACUGGACGUAUGAUGGAGGAAGUAGGUGUCGAAGGAGAGGAUGAGAACUCACAAGCGAGCUGGGAGACCCGGGAGACAAACAGACUACCUCACAUUCCCAUUGAAGUGAAACUAACCUGAAGGCUAGACAGGCUGCUGUAUUGGUUUAAUGCAGUGGCUUCUGUAUCUAGGACUUUCAGAAAGGACAAGAAAAUAGGACAAAAAGACACUUUGAAGUAUGAAGAUACAGACUAAAGAUGAGUGGGAGUCUGUGACCGAGAAAGAGCAGAUUGAGAGUGAGAAACAAAGAGUGAACAAGAGACACAGAGAGAGACAGACAGACACACACACAAACAUUUGUGUGCUGAAUACGUGUACUGUACAUGUUUAUGUUGAAGAUGUUUUACACCUUCAUUACAAUUAUGCUUUUUGCUGUAUCUAUGCUUUAUGCCAGUGUUUACAUAGUAGUGGCUGUUUAAAACAUACAGUGCUGUAUUUUAAAUAAAGAACAGAA